AUGGAAGGACAUUAUGAAGCAUGCUGCAAGACCAAGUCAAAGACAAAGUGGCACAAAACCAAGAGGGCAGCAGUCCGAAAUAUUGAAACUUCAGAAGUAGAACAAGGUCAGGAGUCUGAGAGAACUUAUGUGUUUACUAUUCGGAACCAGGAUCGUUCAAAGAAUGACUUUAGUGUUAGUAUUGGCGGUAUUGAUUCAAAAGUGAUCAUCGACUCAGGAGCUUCAGUGAAUGUUAUUGACAGACACUUAUGGGAACAACUCAAGGAACAAAAAGUGAAAUGUCACAGACAGUCGAAAGCAUCGACAAAGAAACUCUAUCCCUAUGGUAGUAACAAACCACUGACUGUCGCAGGAAGUUUUGUUGCUGAUGUGUGUACGCGAGACCGGGGUGUGUCAGCCGAGUUCUUUGUUGUAGAAGAAAGUGGACAAGCUCUCCUAGGCUAUGAUACUUCUACCCAGCUUGGAGUACUACAGAUUCAAGAGACAAGUACUGUUGCACCAGUACACAAUGUGAAUAGCACAGAUAUUAAAACAGAGAUACUAGGGAAAUUUCCAAAAGUGUUCACAGGACUUGGAAAACUGAGAGACUUCCAACUUAAAAUUCCAAUUGAUGUGUCCGUACAUCCUGUAAUUCAGUCCGUACGUAGAGUACCGUACCAUUUACGCAGUAAGCUAGACCAGAAACUGGAUGAACUUGAGAAGAUGGAUGUUGUCGAGAGAGUCAAAGGGCCAAGUCAGUGGGUAUCACCUAUUGUGGUUGUACCAAAGAAGAAUUCAGAUAUUCGCAUAUGUGUCGACAUGCGAAGAGCUAACGAGGCAGUCGUUCGUGAGAGAUAUCAAAUUCCUACUGUCGACGAAAUCUUGCAGGACUUGAAUCAGAGCAAAGUUUACAGUAAACUAGAUAUCAAGUGGGCCUAUCAUCAGUUAGAGCUUACCCCAGACUCUAGAGAAAUAACUACCUUUAUGACACCAAGAGGACUUUAUCGAUACAAACGUUUAUUGUUUGGAGUGAGCUGUGCUCCUGAAAUGUAUAACAAAAUCAUUCAACAGACAUUAGGAGACUUACCUGGUGUGAAUGCAAUAUACGAUGAUGUUGUGGUCCAUGGAUCAACAGAACAAGAGCAUCGACGUAACCUAGAAUCAGUGUUGAAACGUUUAGAAGACUCAGGAAUGACUUUGAACAUUGAGAAGUGUCAAUUCAAUAUGGAGAAGAUCGAUUUCAUGGGAUACGUACUCUCUGAACAUGGUAUCGGAAUAGCAGACAGCAAAGUCCAGGCUAUUAGGAGUGCCAGGACACCACAGUCAGUAUCUGAGGUGCGCAGCUUCUUGGGACUAGUCAAUUUCGCGGUCAGAUUCAUACCAAACCUGUCCACUGUAGCAGAACCCUUAAACAGACUUUUGCGUAAAGACCAGUCAUUUGCAUGGGGACGAGAACAAAAUGAAGCGUUUGACAAACUUAAAGACUGUUUAGCUAAUGUGUCAACUUUAGCCUACUUUGAUGUGAAUGCCAAAACACAAGUAAUUGCAGAUGCAAGUCCAGUCGGCUUAGGUGCUGUUUUAGUCCAGGAACAACAAGGGAAACCUAAGAUUAUCUCCUAUGCGAGCAGAUCCCUAACGGACGUCGAACGCAGAUACGCACAAACCGAGAAGGAAGCACUCAGCUUAGUGUGGGCGUGUGAGCGGUUUCACAUGUACCUGAUGGGGAAGACUUUUGAGCUGUUAACAGACCAUAAGCCACUUGAGUUCAUUUUCUCGCCAAAAUCGAAACCAUGUGCACGUGUAGAGAGAUGGUUGUUAAGGAUGCAGAACUACAGUUACACAGUUCGUCAUAUUCCGGGUAAAUCAAACAUAGCUGAUUCGUUGUCAAGGAUGUUGUCAACAGAUACACCAAAUCCGAAGACGAGUGAUACAGAGGAAUACUUACGCUUUGUUAUUGAGGAAGCUGUUCCAAUGGCAAUGACCGUAUCUGAGCUUGAGAGAGCAUCAUUGGAGGAUGAGGAUCUCAAGAACUUGAGAGAAUGCUUGAUAACAGGGAAAUGGUAUCAGUUACAGAACAAAGAUUAUUUGACAGUAAAAUCAGAAUUGUGUACUGUGGGACAUCUGAUACUACGAGGGACAAGGAUUGUCAUACCUAAGUCAUUACGCGACCAAGUACUGGCACUAGGUCAUGAGGGACAUCCUGGAAUUGUUAUCAUGAAGCAGCGAUUGCGAUCCAAGGUUUGGUGGCCUAAAAUGGACCAAGACAUUGAACAGUGGAACAAAGCUUGUUAUGGAUGCCAGUUAGUAUCACAACCUGAAAAAGUGGAACCUAUGCACAGAACAGAACUACCAUCACGACCAUGGGAACAUUUAGCAGCUGAUUUCCUAGGACCGCUACCAUCCGGAGACUACAUUUUUACUAUCGUUGAUUAUUAUUCACGAUGGAUUGAUCUGGCUGUGAUGAGAUCUACAACGGCGGAGAAAAUGGUCGAAGUGUUGACAAAGAUAUUCAGUACACAUGGAUUACCUGUUUCUAUUACAACAGACAACGGACCACAAUUCGUCAGUGAAUAUUUCAAAACAUACUGUGAAAUAAAUGGAAUAGUUCAUAGGAAAACCACCCCAUUGUGGCCACAGGCCAAUGGAGAAAUUGAACGUCAGAACAGAUCAAUAUUGAAGAGACUGAAGAUUGCACAAGCAGAGAAGAAAGACUGGAAAUCGGAACUUCAGACUUAUUUGCUGAUGUAUCGCUCAUCACCACAUACCACAACAGGAGUGAGUCCGGCCGAGUUGUUCCGUCGAGUCAUUCGUACAAAACUACCAGAAAUCUACACAUAUCAUGAGACGGAUUACAGAGUUAGAGAUAGAGAUGCAGAGAAGGCAAAAGGGAAAAUUUAUUCUGAUGCUAAGAGAGGAGCUACACUUCGUGACAUAAAACCGUGGUGUGAUCUUGCUUUGAUGAAGAAGAACAAGGAAAACAAGUUAUCUACGUCAUUUCAUAGUGAUCCAUUCAAAGUUGUCGAGAAAAAUGGAAAUAGUGUUGUGUUAGAAUCCAUGGAGGGAGUUCAUUACAAAAGAAAUGUGUCUCAUUUGAAAAAGUUUGUGAAUUCUAAGGAAUCUGUGAAUGUGUCAAGUGAAAAUGUGAAUGAAAAUGUGUUAAGUGAAAAUUCCAAUGGAAAUGAAGAUUUGUGUUCAGGAAAUUCAGUUCCAAAUCAAAUUGCGAGCGACAAAAGUGCGAUUUCAGAUGAUGUCCAGGCAUCGUCAUCAGGAAACUCAUUAGCAGAGGAUUCCGACAGCAAUGUUCAAGAUCUGACGACAAGUUCACCGCAAUUAAGCCGACCAAUUCGUCAACGCUCUUUGCCGGUGAAAUUCAAGGACUAUAUAAUGAAAUAA